ACUUCUCCUAUCUACCUUCUUUCCUAUCACAUUUGACAACUCCUUUUUCUUCCACUUCACUUUCGCUGCAAUGACCACAACCGAAUUCCUCCACAGCGCUCUUCUCUUCCUCUCUCUCUGCACCUCCGCCACCGCCGCCACUACCACCACUCCGUCGAACCCCCUCCUCCCACACGACGCCUCAGCUCUCCUAUCAUUCAAAUCCAAAGCCGACUUAAACAACACCCUCCCCUUCAACCCCAACACCACCCUCACCUUCUGCCAAUGGCCGGGAAUCCAGUGCGCCAACGGCAGGGCCGUCCGAGUCGUCCUCGAAUCUCUGAGUCUAACCGGCGUGUUCGCCCCAAACACAUUGACUCGUCUCGACCAGCUCCGAGUCCUGAGCCUCCGCCUCAACUCGCUCACCGGUCCCCUGCCCGAUCUCUCCCCUCUCUCCAACCUAAAAUCCCUCUUCUUGGACCACAACUCGUACACUGGAAAUAUUCCUAAUUCGAUCUCGACCCUCCACCGUCUCCUAACCCUAGACUUGUCGUACAACAACCUCACCGGUCCCAUACCAGAUUCCGUAACGAACCUCGACCGGUUGUACUACUUGCGGCUCGAUUCGAACCGGCUCAACGGCUCCGUUCCUCCGCUGAACCAAUCUAGUCUCAAGAUCUUCAACGUCUCGAAGAAUGGUUUAACUGGGGCCGUGCCGGUGACCCCGACUCUGCUCCGGUUCACAACGUCGUCGUUUUCGUGGAACCCUGGACUCUGUGGGAAGAUUGUGGACAGAGAAUGCAGUUCAGGGAUGCCGUUUUUCGGUGCGCCGGAUAAGGCGGCGCCGCCUCCGCCGGCUGCUGCUGCGGGGAUUGGGCAGAACGAGCAGUUGCAAGGGGUUGAGUUGACCCGGCCGAGUCAGAAGAAGCACUGGAGGAGAACGGGCGUUGUUGUCGGGUUUUCGUCUGGGGUUUUUGUUAUUGUGGCUGUAAUCCUGUGCUUUGCAUUUGGGGUGAGGAAACAGAGAGGGAAGAAGGGCAAAGAUGUCUUUUUGCCGACGGAGGCCGCCGAUCCCGCGGCUGUCGCGGCCGUGAGGAGAAUGGAGGAAGAUCACGAGUUGGAGGAGAAGGUAAAGAGAGUGCAAGAAGGGAUGCAAGUUGUGAAGAGCGGGAGUCUGGUAUUCUGUGCGGGUGAGGCGCAGGUUUACACGAUGGACCAGCUGAUGAGGGGUUCGGCGGAGAUGCUGGGGAAGGGGACGAUGGGGACCACUUACAAGGCAGUGCUUGAUAACCGUCUGAUUGUCAGCGUGAAGCGCCUCGAUGCCGUUAAACUGGCUGGAGUAACCAAAGAGGUGUUCGAGCGGCACAUGGAAUCAGUUGGCGGAUUACGCCACCCGAAUCUGGUCCCACUCAGGGCUUACUUUCAGGCUAAAGAGGAAAGGCUUCUCGUAUACGAUUACCAGCCCAAUGGCAGCCUCUUCUCCCUCAUCCACGGUUCAAAAUCAACUAGAGCAAAGCCACUUCACUGGACAUCAUGCUUGAAAAUAGCAGAGGACGUAGCCCAAGGCCUCUCCUACAUCCACCAAGCGUGGCGGCUUGUCCACGGCAAUCUCAAAUCCUCUAACGUCCUCCUGGGCUCCGACUUCGAGGCUUGUCUAACUGACUACUGCCUUGCCGCCCUCCCCACCCCCACCUCCACCUCUGAUCCCAACACCAACAAUCACAGAGCCCCGGAGACUCAAAAUUCUACUCACCAAGCAACCCCCAAGUCCGAUGUCUACUCCUUUGGGGUUCUUAUGAUUGAGCUUCUAACGGGAAAGCCUCCGUUUGAGCACCCGAGUGUGAGGCCUAAUGAUAUGAACAGUUGGGUUAGGUCAACUAGGGAAGUUGUUGGUGGCGAUGGUAACGGAGGAUACGAAGAUCACAAGCGGUUGGGAAUGCUUGCGGAGGUGGCUAUAGCUUGUAGCGUGGCAUCACCUGAGCAGAGGCCGACGAUGUGGCAAGUGUUGAAGAUGAUUCAGGAAAUUAAAGAGGUAGUUGUUGUGGAGGAGGGUGAAUGUCAUGGCCCGGUUGUUGAGACGUCCUAAGCCGAGUAAAUAUUGGAUGCAACGUAGCACAUUGUCAUGUAUGGUGGUGUCCCUGGUCAAUAUGCCUAUUUCAACAAAUUUUGCUACCAAUACACAAACCAUAUGUGUGACCCUCAUCACACAUUCCAUGUGAUCAGAGUUGAUGUAAUUGUGUGUAGAGUUCGUUCUUUUUUCUUUUUUUUUUGAUGUUUCAAGGGUGGCUGAAACUCACUUGGGUCAUUUCGUUUUGAGGGUGGAUGAGAGUAACUUGACUCAUUUGUGACCAAGUGUGGCACAGAGGGUGAUAUUAAACUGAGAUAAACGAUGGAUGUAUAAAUCCUCAAUUGUAUCCCCAUUUUUAGUUGGAAGAUUGGGACCCAAUUAUUCAAUGGCGCAUUAGAUAAACGAAAUGGUUAUAUUAUUAUGAA